AUGAGAAGCACUUCCAAUAAGGAGAAUAUGGUUCCAGAUGGAGCUGUGCUUGCUGGGCCUGUCGAUAGGCUUCAGACUCAAGUUGAAUCGCUCGGUGCUGAACAAGAACAGCCAAUGCAGACAAUGCAACAAGACGAACAAUCACAACCUGAACACAAGGCUGAAAACCACGACCAUGGAUCAAACGGUGAAGCACCAGUAGCAGAAUCUCAAUCCUUGCAGCCAGAGGAGGUUCAAGACGACAGUUUGAUUGAUCAUUUCGAAGCCCUCCAGGUCUCUCCUAAGAAGCAGAAGUUCCAUGAGCACGAAGCUGCGCCUGGGGCAGAACAAUCGGCUCCUGACCAGCCAGGCUUGACCAAGGAGAGUACCAUUCCACAGCAACAAGUUGAUGAGCAGGCUGAGAAGCAGACAGUCAACACUGCCGAAUCUCCUAUUGACAGCGCAGCUCAAUCUCAGGACAAGGAAAACAAGCCUCUAACCUCUGCGACGACCAAGAAGGUCUCGGCUUCUUCUCAAUCUGAUAGCUCAAAGCCUGUGCGGAAGUCCUCGGUCAGGCAGUCGACGCUCGGUCGUCAAUCAUCUGUCGUCCGCAAAUCCAUGGCUGCCCCUUCACGUCCAGAGCCAUCAACAAGCACAGCCAUCAAGCGAACUACCUCCGUCAAGCGCUCUUCAGUCCGUCCCAGCAUGGCUCCCAGAGCAGGUUCCUCUCAAUCCACCGAGCGAGGAGCUCCCGCAACCAUCCCUCACUCCAAACCUCGUCCCAUGUCCAUGUCCUUCCCUACUCCACCACCCCCUCCCAAGUCUUCCAAGGCACCUACACAAUCAACCUUCCAACUCCCAGGCGAAGCCAUAGCAGCAAAACUCAAAGCAGAAAAAGAAGAACGAUUGCGCCGACAAGCAGAAAGCGGCACCACCUCAAAACAAACCNUACAAACCUCCUCCACCGCCAAAAUCCACAAAAGCGCCUACACGAUCAACCUUCCAACUGCCAGGAGAAGCCAUUGCCGCAAAACUCAAAGCCGAAAAGAAGAACGCCAAAAACGACAAGAGGAAAACGGCGGUGUUGUGCAGAAAUUGCCUUAUGUUCCUCCCGUGGCGCCAAAAUCGACAAAACCCGUUACCAAAGCCACGUUUCAAUUGAGCAGUGAUGCAUUUGCUGCUAAAAUGAAAGCACAAAAAGAAGCCAGACUAGNNCCAAACAAAAAACAAGAAGAGGAAAAAAGAGAAAAGGAACGAGGGGUGUUUAAAGCAAGGCCUGUGCCUAAAAUGUCUAAACCUGCGGAGGUGAGACAGACGAAUGCGUCGAGGGCUCGUCUUUUGCCCUCUAAUGAAAACACAGCGAUCAAAAGAGCGGAUGCUGCCACUGCACAAACACACAAACGCAUAUCCUCUUUCCACCCUUCCGCCUCUUCCUCCUCCUCCUCUACCGUCCUCCCCCCUCGCGCAACCACUUCCUUCCAGAAACGUCAAAGCAUGGCUCCUCCCUUCAUCAAAAGGCAAAGAAGUCUUCAACCGCACAACCCAAGCCAAAGAAAAGAAGAUGCAGCAAAAAAAGCAAAAGAAGAUGCAGCAAAAAGGCAAGAGCAGAAGCUGCAGAGCAAAGCAGAUUAG